AUGGGCGAGCACAACGCGCUGCUCAACCCCGGCUUCGUGGGGCCGCUGCUCAACAUCCACACGGGGGACGCGUUCUACUUCCCCAACUUCCGCGCGUCGGGCGCGCAGAUCCCGGGGUUCUCCUCCCUGCCCUACCCGAGGCGCGACAACUUCGGGGCCAUCCCCGCGUGGGGCCCCGCGGAGCCGUGCGGGACUUACGCGCAGCCGUGCCUGGGCUCGCUGAGCGCGGCGUGCGGCCGAGCCUGCGAACUCGCCCGCGGCGACUCCGAGGGCAAGUGCUACUACCGGGAGGGCGACAAGGAGCGGCCGGGGGGGGGGCUGGGCAACCACCUGGGCAACCACCUGGGCAACCUGGGCAACAACGCGGCGCCCUUCGGCAAGCUGGAGUUCGGAGCGGAGGCGGCGCAGGACGCGCAGCCGUGCGCGGGGCUGGAGCCCGAGCCGGGCUCGGCGCUGCUCGGAGAGGGAGCCAAGGCAGACGGAACCGGGCUGGGGUCGCCCCUGAGCGCCGCAGGAGGCGCUCCCUGGUACCCGCUGCAGGCGCGCUCCCGCAAGAAGCGCAAACCGUACUCGAAAGUGCAGCUGGCCGAGCUGGAGGGAGAAUUCCUGGUGAACGAAUUCAUCACCCGCCAGCGGCGGCGCGAGCUCUCGGAGCGCCUGGCGCUCAGCGACCAGCAGGUCAAGAUCUGGUUCCAGAACCGGCGCAUGAAGAAAAAGCGGCUCCUGCUGCGCGAGCAGGCGCUCUCCUUCUUCUGA